CCAACCAAAAAACGAAAUAGAAGUAUUCUUCGUUUUAUGCAUCGAUGAACCCAAAAAUGCAGAGAAUUAUCCGAAACCCGAGUUUUCUCCUUCUCUUGCUUUGUCUUCUCGAAUUUUCCGGCCAUUUUCCGGUGGAAGCCGCCAUCAAGAAGUACACGUUCGAUAUCCAAGUGAAAAACAUAAGCCGGUUAUGCCACGCUAAACCGGUUGUCACGGUUAACGGAAUGUUUCCCGGUCCGACGAUUUACGCAAGAGAAGGAGACCGAGUCAUCGUCAACGUAACCAACCAUGCACAAUACAACAUGUCUAUCCACUGGCACGGAUUGAAACAAUACCGGAACGGUUGGGCGGACGGACCGGCCUACAUAACACAGUGUCCGAUCCAGACGGGACACAGUUACGUUUACGAUUUCAACGUGACGGGACAACGAGGAACACUAUGGUGGCACGCUCACAUCCUCUGGCUACGAGCCACGGUCUAUGGAGCCAUCGUCAUCAUGCCUAAGCCGGGACAACCCUUCCCGUUCCCGCAACCGCACCUAGAAACCAACAUAAUCUUCGGGGAAUGGUGGAAUGGUGAUAUUGAGACUCUUGUAAACCAAGCCAAUUCAUUGGGGUCACCUCCUCCGACCUCGGAUGCCCAUACCAUUAACGGAAAGCCCGGACCGCUGUUUCCGUGUUCCGAAAAACAUACGUUUGCAUUGGAGGUCGAGGCGGGAAAAACGUACCUUCUAAGGAUCGUAAACGCAGCGUUGAACGACGAACUCUUCUUCGGGAUUGCGGGUCAUAACAUGACAGUUGUGGAGAUCGAUGCGGUUUACAUCAAACCGUUCACAACCAAAGCCAUCCUCCUCGGACCCGGUCAGACCACAAAUGUUUUGGUCAAGGCUAACCGACCUCCAAACCGGUAUUUUAUGGCGGCUAGACCCUUCAUGGAUGCUCCUGUUUCCAUUGACAACAAAACCGUGACCGCGAUUCUUCAAUACAAAGGGGUUCCAAACACGGUGUUACCAAUUUUUCCGAACCUGCCUGCACCAAACGACACGGCUUUUGCCUUAAAUUAUAACAACAAACUCCGAAGCCUAAACACGGUCAAUUUCCCGGCUAACGUACCAUUGAGAAUAGAUCGCCGUUUAUUUUACACGAUUGGGCUAGGGAUGAACCCUUGCCCGAGCUGUGUGAACGGGACGAAGCUCGUGGCUUCGUUGAACAACGUGACGUUUGUUAUGCCGAAGACUGCCCUUUUACAGGCUCAUUACUUCAAUAUGUCAGGUGUUUUUAGGACUGAUUUCCCGGACCGCCCUCCAAAACCGUUCAAUUUCACGGGCGCUCCUCUAACGGCUAACCUCGGGACUUCGAUAGGAACGAGGCUGAGUCGGGUUGAGUUCAAUACCACGAUUGAGCUGAUCUUGCAGGACACGAACCUUCUAACCGUCGAGUCACACCCGUUCCAUCUCCACGGCUACAACUUCUUUGUCGUUGGAAGCGGAAUAGGAAACUUCGAUCCCAAGAAAGAUCCGGCUAAGUUCAAUCUCGUUGACCCGCCAGAGAGGAAUACAGUUGGAGUUCCGACGGGCGGAUGGACCGCCAUCAGAUUCAGAGCUGAUAAUCCGGGUGUCUGGUUUAUGCAUUGCCACUUGGAAGUUCAUACAAUGUGGGGUCUGAAGAUGGCUUUCGUCGUCGAGAACGGGAAUACGCCGGAGAAUUCCGUUCUUCCGCCGCCCAAGGACCUUCCGCCGUGCUAGAAACCCCCAAUAUGUAAAAAACCGAUUUCUUCUUUUCAUGUUUGCAACUUCACCAGCAGAAACUGGCAGAUGAUUCUUUCGCAACCCGUAUUCCCAUUACUGAUUUGUGUACGAGAUUCUUAUAAACCAUCCCGAAAAUGUAUAAAAGGUGGAUCGUUUCCUC